CGUGGCGCAGCGGCCAGGCGGCUCGCCUCCUGCUCCCCGAUCGUCUGCGCCUCGGUCCCGAUGCGCCUCCCGCUGCCUCCGCCGCCCCUGCUGCUGCUCCUCGCGGCACUCGCGGCCGCCGUCACCACCUUUCGGCCCGACUGGAACCGUCUGCACGGCCUGGCCCGCGCUCGGGUAGAGACCUGUGGGGGAUGACAGCUGAAUCGCCUAAAGGAGGUGAAGGCCUUUGUCACCCAGGACAUCCCUUUAUAUCACAACCUGGUAAUGAAACACCUCCCAGGGGCUGACCCAGAGCUCGUCCUCCUGGGCCACCACUACGAAGAACUGGAGCGAAUCCCACUCAGCGAAAUGACCCGGGAGGAGAUCAAUGAGCUGGUGCAGGAGCUCGGCUUCUACCGCAAGGCGGCGCCCGACGAAGCUGUUCCCCCCGAGUACCUGCGGGCGCCCGCCAGGCCCGCAGAAGGCGCUCCGGACCGCGCUGAUCUUUAAGGUCCGGGGACGCGGGCCCGCCUCCUCCUCCCCUGAGCCCUGGGGACAGAAUGAAGCGCUCAGCGUCCCGGGAGCGUCUCCCUCGCUGAGGGCCGAUGCCUCGUCCCAGAGCCGGCAGAGAUGGAGGUGGGGGUUCUUCCUAACCCCCCUUUCUCCCAUACCCAGCUCGAUUAAAUAAAUCCUCUUCCGCCUUAA